AUGGGUAGACCUGAUCCUACAGCUCCCUUGGAGGAAGAGGGGGCCAUGGACCCAGGGCCGCAAUGCUCAUGCGUGCUGGCGCGGCCCCCCCCGCCUCCCCCCGCCGAUGACGAUAUCGUCCCCGCGCCCCGCCCGGGGCCCCGCCCCCUCCCGGGCAGCCUCGAGGCGCUCGAUAUCUCCCCUGCUGCCCCGCCGGCCCCCGGCGGGAUCCUACGCGCGCACCCAGGGGGGGCGGGGCCACGCGCCCCCCGCAGGCAGGUGCGAUUCCAGCUGGGCUCCGAGCCAAGCCUGGGGCCCAACUGGGCAGGGGAGCUGCAGCCCAAGGCCCUUGGAUCUUCUCUUACACUGCCAGUGUCCCAGAGCAGUAUGGGAAUGUGCACUGCCCCCGGCACGCUGGCAGCCCCGGAGCUGAACACCAGCUUGGCUCUGGCCCAGGAGAUGCGAGCAGCCAAACAGCAGCCGUUCAACUCCCAGCAUGCGGCACACAAGCUGCUAGCUCAGUCCUUCUCCACCCGCUGUGCCCUGGAGGGGCGGGCAGGUGCAGCCAUGAACAUCCCACGGCAGCAGCAGCUCUACCAGGGUCUGUUGCACCUGGAGGUGCCAGCAGGCGAGGUGCUAAACUGGGCCCUGCAGGAGAAGCUGGCACUCGUGCGCCCCCGCCCUGAGCUACCCAGGCAGGACCUAGCCCCCGACGGCCCUGACCCACGGAUGUUCUUCGAGCCCCAGCAGCUGCUCACCGAGACCCCUCACCUGGGCCCUGAGGGGCUGGGGCCCCUCCCACGGCCCCAGCCCCACAUCCGGCCCCUCAGCGCUGUCUUUCUCAUGUACCGCAAGUUCCGGCAGUGGGACCUCUAGGUGUGGGGCAGAGCCAGGGACUCAAGCUCUGCCUCCUUCCCAGGACUGGCUGGAUUGUGGGUAUACAGGGGAUCUCCUGUCAUCACUGCAGCCCCCGCCUCAAUAAAUUGCUGUCUCCUA